AUGACUCCGUCCUGUUAUGGACUUUAUAUCUCAUCCUGUUAUGGCCGGGUUGAGGUACUCGACCGUAACAAAAGCGCUGUCCUCUACCGCGCCGAAGUCCAACUAUCCAAGCCACAACUCUACAUCUACCGCCCCUUAACUGAGAUGUUUUGCGACGAGAUAGUCGCAUUAGCUACAUUCCGCCGAUUUUCUUCAGCCAUUAAUAUUCAAAUAUACGACGGCGAGCAUCUCGACAUGCGCCGAAAAAACCUCUUAUCAAGCACCCACACACUCAGAGUCGAGGGGCGCAGAUGGAGCUGGAGGCGAGACGGGAUUUUGAAGGGCAAUUUAAGGCUCAUAAACGUGACGAGCAAUCGUACCAUUGCAACUUUUCACAAGAAGACCUCGUGGUCAGGGAAGAUGCUGGGGAUAUUUACCGUGUUCGGAACGCACCAGUCGCCCGUUCUUGAUGCUGUCAUUGUGACGGGCCUGGCCAAGCUGGGUUAUCAGUGGCUUGCUCAGAGCAUGGCAUCUGGAACCUAG